AUGGCGGAUGAUUCAGAUGAGGAAGUUGUUUUCGAGAAUUCGCCGCUGCACAACUACCUGCGCGACGCCGGGGUCGCCGACGUCGCCAGCGAGGUCACGCAGACGCAGCGCCGCGCCGAUGUGUUCCGCCAGGAGCAGGAGACGCGAGGCGUGUCAGCCGCCAGGAGGCGCCGCAAGCUGCGGACGCUCCUCGCGAGCGCGCUGCCGUCGGCCAAUCUGGAGAAGGACUACAGAGAGAUAGAUUUGGAAUUCUUCUCUCUCUGCGUCAAGUGGAUCUUUGCUAGGAGGGCGCUGGAAGAAGACGACUGUGUGUUCCUAGAGAGCAUCCUUCCAGAAGAAGGGGAAAUCCUACACAGUUGCCCUAAUCGUGCGGUUAGGUUGCUGGGUUUCGCCGUCGGAACGUCGGCGUUGGUCGUUACGAUGCAGCGUCUGUUUCCGACGUCGUGGUACCCGCUGCUGACGAUCGCCACGGCAACGCCGUUCAUGCUGCACGAGACGCGGCAGUGCUGGCAGCUGAUACGCCGACGCACGGCUCACCGCCGAAACUUCCAGGUGUUGGAGGGAUUCGUGGAGAGGAGGGAAGCCCUGAAGCUGCUAGUGAGGCGAUGCGUGAGGCUGAUACAAGAGCGCGAACUCAUCAGUCGAGGAUUUACCAUAAUCUCAGGGCAGACGCCGCUGGCGCGACUGGAGCAGAGCAGUGGCGCCACCCACAGGCAGUGUCCGACACUACGCAGCUUGCUGUUUGAGACAAUGCGUGACCUCACGCUGACCUUUCGUUUGGCAACUGCAGAGCUGAUCCUUAGAUAUCCUUGA